CAUAUUGCACUUGGUGCAACUCUAAAUCAUUCUAUUUUGUCCCGUAUUCAACAAAUAAUGCGACGUAAUCUUCGUUUUAAUAUAAUAACAAUUAUGACUAUAUCUGAAAUAGUUUAAACAAUUCAUGUGCCUGAAGUGUAUUUUGUUGUUAGUUAAUACAAAUUCAAUCGAAUUUACAGUGCAUCAGUCAAGUCAGCUGACGUACGUAAACAAAGGGCAUGUCAAUAUUUUGUGAAGUGGUGAAACACCUUCAAAGUGAUUUGUGAUCCAAUCUGAAUAUUAUAUUUAUUCUUAUAAGAUGGAUAUUGACGGUUCGUCAGUUGGAGAGAUCGAUCAAAAUUUAUUACUGCAAUUUAGUUGUAUGAACACAACGGACAGAGAUGAACUUAUUAAUCAAAUGCAGAGACUCUUGGGUCCUAGUAUUAAUUAUAACACUGCCAGCUUCUUUUUGGACAUGAGUAAUUGGAAUUUACAAACAGCAAUAUGUUGUUAUUUAGAUUAUACAUUACCACCUAAACUGCCAUCCAUGUCAUUAAAAGCUGCUCAAACUCAAGAGGCUGCUGUGGGACCUGGUGCAUGUUUUGAACAAAGUUGGAAUAUUGCUAACACUGGUGCAGAGGGGUGGCCAGGCAGCUGUAGGCUGAUCCAAGGUGGAGGUGAACCACUCGGUGCCACACCUGUCUUUGUUCCACCUUUACCAGCAGGACAUUCCACUACAGUUACGUUAAAGUUAGUAGCGCCAACUACACCAGGCACACACAGAGGAUAUUUCCAUUUGGUGACUGACAAAGGAGAUCAAAUAGGAGAUACAUUGUGGGUGGAAAUUACUGUGGAAUCAGAGAUUACAAUGGCACUUGUAGAACAACUGGCUGCUUUACCCGUCCCAAGUAGUAAUGGUCAGAUGCCACCCCAAGAUGAUCAGAUGUGUUGAUGAACGGCAGUCACAAGAUGUUUUGUAAAAUUUUCAUUAACUAACAUGGAUUAUGUUAUAUUUAUUAAGCAGUUAAUGGGCAGUUACAUGUCAUUGCUUUCCUUCUAAGAUUAUUAAGAAUUAGCCAAAGAAUAAUCACAAUAUUCUUAUUUUUCAGUUUUCUGAUUACUAUUGUAAAAAUGUAAUUUAUAUAUAUUUAUUGAAAUAAAUAAAAACAUGGCUGCUGCAAUCAAUUGAAUUUAGUUAAAAUCUGAUGCUUUGGUUACAUUCUGUGUAAAUGUUUUAAAUUCAAGGAAACUUUUUGUCUUAGUAUGUAUUUUUUUUCACAAAAUACAUAACUUGCUUUUUUGGGAAUAAUUUUGGUCAAUUUCAGUUGCUUUCAGCAAUCUAUUGCAUGUAAAAUUUUGCUAUACAAAUUUAAGACUCCUGAUGGAAGGAAAAUAAUGUACAAACCAUACAUUAUACACAUGAUGUUGAUUAGCUGUAAGACAACAAAUUAAGAAUUUGUUAGAUAUUGUUGAAUUUUACAAAAUGUAAUGAUUUUAUUAGGAUUAAUUAUAAUUAUUUUUAGAUUGCAUUGCCAUGAAUGUAAUUACUAUGGGGAAUUAAUUUUAUAGUAUAAAUAAGCAAGUAUAAUAAUGAUUAAAUAAUAUAAUUGCAGGUUCUGUUUUUGACUUGCUUGACUCAUUAUCAUACCCAUGCUACUGGACGGCGCUUCAUGGCAAAGGAUUUUAAUACUAAUUAUUUUGAAUCUUAUUUCUAUGAGUUUAGAAAUUAUUUAACUUUAUUUUGAUACCACGAUGUCGCGACGUGCCGCAGGAUGCUGUGGCAUGACGUGACGUGCAUCCCGCAAGACGUAUGGGUCACUUUGGGGUCGAGGAAUUAUGAUUCCUAACUAGUUCAAAUAAGGUUUAAACUUGUGCAGCAUUUCGGUGGGCGGCAAUUAUGCACCCAAAAUUGACUUUUCGUCAAAUUAGCAGUUCUUAUUUGUCUCUCUUCAUUUUCACCAAGAGGGGCUAUUAAAAUUAAAUCCCAGUCCACCAUAAGGACACAACCAACUUUGAAUAUGCGCAUAGCAAAACUGAUGGAUGUAAGAGUGACUGGGCUUUCAGCAGGAUGCCACGGCAUGCUACGGCACGCCGCGGAAUGUGCAGCGCGUCUUAGGAUGCCACUGCACAACCUGCCGUGACACGCUGUCAGUAAUGGUUUUUUAAUGGAAUAAGCCUGUAAAUGCACCGAUGAAUAGCCUGAUACCCCUGAUGGCAAGCAAUUGGCGCCGCCUAUGGACACCCGAAACACGUUUCAAGAGCUUAGCCGGCCUUUUGAAUUUGAUAAAGGUUUAAAGACAUGUGAGAAGUUGAUGUGCAAAAAUGUCUGAAAUUCCUGUUUGAAAUAAAGAUUAAUGAGACCAUUAUCAUUAAGUUUAAAUAAACUGUAAAAAUAACUGUAAGGCAUACUCCUCUUGAUAAUUUUUUUUGAUUGCUUGGUAUUAAAAUGAUUUUAUAAAAUAAAAAAUAAAUUAUUUGGUUGAUUUUAA